AUGUCAGAUUCAAAAGAAGAUCGGUUGGCUAAAAAGGGAUUGUCUGAACGACGUCGGAAAGCUCGCAUUAAGAGUGAUCCAGAGCUUUACGCAGUGCACAAAGAGAAAGAUAGACAACGAUAUUAUAAAAGGAAGAAUGAAGGAAAGAUAAAGUCUGUAAGUGAAUUAGAUCCUCGUCAACAAGGAAUUUUUAGAGAGGGAAGUAGAAUAUAUUCCAACAAACAUAAUUUGAAAAGAAGGCGUAAAGAGAUGAGGUGUCUUGAAGAGGAUUUAGUAAUCGUACCAGAAGUAACCGACAAAACUGACGAUCCUUUGGUGACUUCACAAUCACAAACAGUACUUCAAACUGAAGCAAGUUCCUAUGUUGCUUUGCUACCAUCAAGUUCAUCUGUCGUUUCAUUUCCUUUACCUCAGCGUAUUAAGGCUUAUCGAGGUUCGUCAGCACCAUUGAGUCCGCCUAGUGACGUAAGUAAAAUUUCUAAGCUAUGUACAAGAUCAUCAGUUCGUGUGAUUGAAAAGGAGUUUCCUCCAACUCCAAAAGCUAACAAGAAACUGAAUACCAAAGUUAUCAUAUGUAGACUUAAAUACCGCAUGAACAAAAUAUAUCAGUUACAGAAAGAGAAGAUUGAUGAACUGAAAACUGUCAACGAACGACAGCGAAAACAGAUAUAUAGAUUAAAAUACCAAAGUGCUAAAUUAAGAGAAUAUGAAUAUAUAAGUAAAAAUAAUACUGAAGAUAUUAAACAAAGUGAAUCAGACACUAUAAAAACAAUCGUAUGUGUUCUGGGAAGAAAGAGUUCAUUACCCAGAAAAAGAAUAAAAAACUAA